CAAAUCGGCAAAUCGAACCGUAACCUAUCGUCCACCAUACUCAGCGUAACUCCCCUGCCUGUACUACUGUACAAUAGCUCGCCAUGAUCAAAGGCCAUCUCACCCACAUUUUCAACAUAUUGAAGAAAUGGCUUUCACGACUUGCACGUCGCCCUACUGGUUUGUUCUUUGUUGUCUUGUCUUCACUGUAUCGCUUUGUACCAGGUCAUUUGAAGCUCGGUGAUCGGAGCACUCGUUUUCGAAGCGGGGUGCUCCCGCGAUCUCAAGAGGUUAUCAAAGGAGAGGAUUCACCCAUUUGCCUGAGUCUUCUGCCGCCUGGUCAAAUGGAGCGGGAAGCUGGAGAGGAGCCUCCAUUGCCCUCAGACGAUCCUUACACAAGAUCCCAUUCACGACAUCCACGACCUUUACGAAACAGUACAGCCAUCCCUCCGUCGGACGCCAAUCAAACAACGAUAGGAUACGGAGUCAGUGCCAGUCAGACGGAUGGGCACUAUCAAGGCUCUGUAUCAAGUUUACACAUGUCUCUACAUAUGGAGGAGAGUUCUGUGAAAGGAGAGAUACCCCCCAAGGACGGGGCAUUGGAGGAGCCCAGCGGUCCAGGUCCUUCACGCCUUCCUGGCCUCCAUGGAAUAUCCACAACACAUGAACGACCACGAGGAUACCUGAACGAUGCUUCGAAAGUCCGCACUGGUAAAACUGCAUAUCGAAAACACACAGGACAAAUCAAACCUCACCGAAGGAGCGCAUAUAGUAUCACGGAUGAAUCCGCGAAUAUGGGUUCUGUUCCAUUGGAUUCGUCUGCCCAGGCUAUACCGAUAGUAAUACCAGGUCAAUGUUUAGAUCAUCAUGUGCAUUACACUGCUCCCCCCGGCAACAAUGAGCAGGUACCGGCCUCAGAGGUUGUCAUAGUAUAUGAUGGCCCGCAGCUAAGCUCUAUGGUUCCAGAUGAUAUCAGGAGGUAUGGCAGGUGCCGUUUCCGAGAGUACAAGGUCACCGACUUUACCAUCCCUGCUUUGACAUUGGCUGCGCAUAGGUAAGUCAUUUUAUGACCUUCAGUCGCCGCACUUCAACUCUUUCAAGCAUGGAUGUGCCCGAAGAAUGGACUGCGUUUGUGCACCCAGAGGGUGCCCGUUACUUUGUGAACCAAGAAACGAGAACAUUCACAGAUAUGAAUGUUUGUGAACCAGAUAUAUGCGAUGACAUCGAAUAUUUCAUGCACUAUCUGCUGAACGAACUCCAGCAGGCCAUCGAGGACGGGAAC